AUGGAUCUGUACCUAACUGAGAUAGGGAAUUAUAAAAUAGAAAGCUAUUUAGGAAGAGGAGCUUAUGGUGUUGUGUAUAAAUGCGUUCACAAUGAAACAAAUUAGGUGGUUGCUAUAAAAACGCUGAGAAAGAUCACAAAGACAUCUUAGAAAUUACUUAAGAGCGAAAUUGAAGUUUUACAAAAAAUUGAUUGCGUAAAUGUAGUAAAAAUGAUUGAGAGCUUCUCUGGUAAUUUACCCUACGACAAAUAGCAAUACUAGUUUUUGGUUAUGGAAUACUGUGAAAGCAACCUUUUAGAUUAUGUUUAUCAUAAAAAAAAUCAUAUUUUGGAGGAGAAGGAAGCUGUUGAUUUAUUUUUAUAAAUUCUUAAUGGAUUUCAAAGUAUUCAUGAGAAAGGAAUCAUUCAUAGAGAUUUAAAAUUAGAAAAUGUAUUAAUAUAAGAUGGGAUUAUUAAGAUAGCUGACUUUGGUUUGGCUAAAAAAUUAGAUAAUUCCCCAACUUCUACAAAAGAGCAUUUAGCUAGGAGUUUCUGUGGCACAAAAGCGUAUUUGGCUCCUGAAGUCCUGAUGGGCAAUUAUUAUGAUUAUAAAGUAGAUAUUUGGAGUUUAGGUGUGCUCCUAUUUGUAAUGCUCUUUUUCUAAUUUCCAUUUGGAUCAAGAUAAGAUAACCCCUCUGAAUUGCUCAAAGCAAUUAAGUAGUGCUGCGAGGAUCAUCCUUUUGAUGUCGACUUAUUCAUAAAAACUCGUAGUAAAGCUAGAAUGUGCAAAGUAAGCUUGGAAGAAGAUAUCAAAAAUCAGCUUCAAAAGGAAUUACAAUUAUAAUAAAAUAUUCAAUAGAAAACAGAUGAAUAAGCUUUUUAAAUAAGUGAAUAAAUGAAAGAUUUAUUUAAAAGAAUAUUUGUUGUUAAUCCAGAAGAGAGAAUCGGAUUCUAAGAACUAAUUUAGCAUCCUGCUCUCAAUAAACACAAAACGGAGGAUAUUAAUUAAAAAGUAUAAUUCUACGAAAAUAAAUUUCCAACACUUUUCAAGUAUCAGUCAUAGCAAGUAAUCAAUGGGAAUACUUCAUAAGAAAAUAGAUCAGAAAAUUAGUAACAAGAAGACGAAGAGGAAAACAAAAAUAAUGAAGAAAUUACAACUGGAUAAAUGAGCAGCAUAAUGAUGGUGAGAAACUCAACAAUUAGAAUGAAGAUGAAAAAUAGUUCUUAAUUUCGCACUCACAUUAUGAUCUAUAAUUUAUUAAUUUGUAGGUACCAAGUGCUGGUUAUCGCUUAUUAAUAGGUACAGUAAGGAUGGAUUAUUGAUCUGUUAGGUUAAAAAGAAUAUACUGUUUUGAAAUAUUUUCUCCUCAAGAUUGCAAUUUACUAUCUCUAAAAUCUAAAAUUUUACCUUGAUGAAACUGACAACAUAUUUGAUCUAAAAGAUUGGGCUAACUUUGUAAAUUGCAAAGCUUUUAAAAACAUGAAAACUUAGAUUCUUCAAGAUAUUAAAAAGUGGACACCAGAGUAUCAUCUGCUCUCUUAAGAGGUUUAAGAUUAUAGCUAUGAUUCUGAGGAUAUCAAAAGAGGAGUUUAUGAAGAAAUACCUUAAAAAGUGGAUGCAGAGAUUUAUAUUAACAGUUUACCUAAUGAAAUCAAGCUACCUUUUAGGGCAGUGACUUUGACAAUUUUCACUAAAGUAUAUGGAUUCGCUGCGAAAUGCUUCUCAAACAUUAAUGAAUUGGGUUAAUAAGUAUAAUAAAUAAAAGAAACGAUUCUCCAAAAAUAGCUUUCACCAAAUCUUUCUCCAUAGUCAGUUUAAAGAAAGUAGUACAAUUCUCCUUCUAGAAAUAAAAGCCAUCAGUUUUUUAAUUCAAUGAUGUAAAAUUAAGCACAAAGUAAAAAUUGUAGCAACUUUACUGCAAAAUAAUAAUAAAGCAUGAGCAGAAAUAAUUCUUAAAAGAAUAUGAUAAACAUGAGCAGUGCGACUACCCAAACCUUAAACCAAAGUACAAACACAUCGUCUAUCAACUAAAAUUUGAAUUCAAGUAUAAAUUCACUUGAUAAUAAAUACCUUUCAUAAAAAUAAUAACAAAACAUAAAAAAUUUAUAUUCUAAAAUUUCAUUUGAAGAAUAAUUUGGUCUAAAAUCAAUUAGAAUGGCUUUAUUACUUUUAUGUUGUGGAGUUAUUAACAGAAUAUUUGAAGUACCUUCUUGUAUAAUCCGUUUAAAACAGUUCCAACCAUAAGAAACAAGUUAUAAUGCUCAAAACUAACAAGAGACGUUUAAAUUCGAAGAGUUAAUAGAGUGGUUCUACCAAGUUUCUAAAGAAGGAGCAUACAAGCAAAUCGAGCUAUUAGUUAAUUCUUAUUUCAAAUAAAUUUCAUCUUAGCUGCUCACUUAAAAUUAAAUAAUAAAUCAAGACUCUCCCAAGCUCGUAAAUGAAUUACAAAACUUAAAAUUUGAAAAUAAAACAUAAAUUAGUCCAUAAACAAUUUAGCCAUCAAAGCAAAUAAAACCAUCUUGA